GAAGGCGACAGCAACCGCACUUUCCACCAGCUAGCAUCUCGGCAGAGUUCCCCCAGUCCAGCAAAUCAGCAAUGGCCGCAGCAGCUGAUCCGGCGGCGUGUGUUCUUCUGCCGCCGCGGCGGCGCACGAUGAAGCUGGGCUCACAGGGGCUGGAGGUCUCGGCGCAGGGCCUGGGCUGCAUGGGCAUGUCGGCGGCGUACGGCGAGCGCAAGCCCGACGCCGAAAUGGUGGCGCUCCUCCGCCACGCCAUCGCGGCUGGGGUCACCUUCCUCGACACCUCCGACGUCUACGGCCCGCACACCAACGAGGUGCUCAUCGGCGAGGCGCUGCGGCAUGGCGCGCGGGAGGAGGUGCAGCUGGCCACCAAGUUCGGCAUCACGCCGGAGCUCAGGACGGUCCGCGGCGACCCGGCGUACGUGCGGGCGGCGUGCGAGGCCAGCCUCCGGCGGCUCGGCGUCGACUGCAUCGACCUCUACUACCAGCAUCGCAUCGACACCACCGUGCCUGUCGAGGUCACGAUUGGCGAGCUCAAGAAGUUGGUUGAAGAAGGCAAGAUAAAAUACAUUGGACUGUCGGAAGCGUCGGCGUCAACGAUUAGAAGAGCGCACGCUGUUCAUCCAAUCACUGCCGUCCAGCUUGAGUGGUCUCUCUGGACAAGAGAUGCUGAACAAGAUAUUGUCCCAACCUGCAGAGAGCUUGGAAUUGGAAUUGUGGCAUAUAGCCCGUUAGGCAGAGGGUUCUUCUCCAGUGGAGCCAAACUUAUCAGUGACCUGCCCGAUGACGAUUUCCGCAAGAAUCUACCAAGAUUCCAGCCAGAGAACAUGGAGAAGAACGCGCUGAUAUUCGAGCGCGUGAGCCAGAUGGCUGCAAGGAAAGGCUGCACAUCAUCGCAGCUCGCGUUGGCCUGGGUUCACCACCAGGGGAGCGAUGUCUGCCCCAUACCUGGAACCACCAAGAUCGCCAACUUCAACCAGAACCUAGGAGCACUGUCGGUGAAGCUCACACCAGAGGAGAUGGCCGAGCUCGAGUCCUAUGCUGCAAUGGACGAUGGUGUCCAAGGUGACCGCUACCACAGCACCUUUCUCAACACCUGGAGAGAUUCAGAGACGCCUCCACUGUCGUCUUGGAAAGGCAACUAGAUUUCUGUUUUCAGACUAGCUAGCAAGUAGAGGUUAUCAGUGCCAUAUAUCCAAAUAAAUAUUGUAAUAAUAAAAGUAUCGAGUGCUUGCUCCCUUAGUAGAUAUUUGACCAUUGACACAUGGUAGUCAAAGCUACUGAUAUUAUUUCGACCAAUCUUUGGUUUAUUUUCUGUUUUUUAACAUGGUCAUUUUAACCAUUUAAAGAGA